CACUUCAAAACAAGAGAGUAAACCGAUCCGAAUAUUGCACCGGUCGGUGGUUUUCCUACGAGAUGAGUAAAGCCCAGAAAAGGAAACGCCUAAACCAAGACGACGGCGAAUCAAAAACUCCGGCCAUUAAAUCCACCGUCGACGGCAGCAAUCCUUACCCUACACUUCUUAGACCUACCGCUGAAGAGUGCCGAGAAGUAAGGGAUGCUUUGUUGUCUCUCCAUGGAUUCCCUCCAGAAUUCGCCAAUUACCGUCGUCAGAGACUCCGAUCACUCUCCGCCGUCGAUGGUCACGAUACACAAUGUACGAUGAAAUCUGAGCCAUUGGAUGAAGCGGAAGAGGAGAGUGUACUUGAUGGGCUGGUUAAAAUUCUUCUUUCUCAGAACACAACUGAGAGCAAUUCCCAAAGGGCUUUUGCUUCUCUUAAAGCUGCAUUUCCGAAUUGGGAAGAUGUUUUGGCUGCUGAGUCCAAAUCAAUUGAGAGUGCUAUAAGAUGUGGAGGAUUGGCCCCGAAAAAGGCGGUGUGUAUCAAGAAUAUAUUGAACCGUUUGCAGACCGAAAGAGGAGUACUGUGUUUGGAGUAUCUGCGUGGUUUAUCGGUCGAAGAAGUAAAAACUGAGCUCUCUCAUUUUAAAGGAAUAGGACCUAAAACGGUUUCUUGUGUUCUGAUGUUCAAUCUCCAGCACAAUGAUUUCCCGGUAGACACCCAUGUGUUUGAGAUCGCAAAGGCGUUAGGUUGGGUCCCCAAAACCGCAGACAGGAACAAAACCUACGUUCAUCUCAACCGCAGGAUCCCGGAUGAGCUCAAGUUUGAUCUGAACUGUCUGUUAUAUACGCAUGGUAAGCUCUGCAGCAAUUGCAAGAAGACUGUUGCUAAACCAAAAGCAAAAGCUAGAGUGGCAUCUCCUGAUGAAUGCCCUCUUGUGGGUUUUUCUGAUUUAGUUUAGAUAACCAGAAUUAGAACUCGUUUGUUUUGUGUCUUUCUUGACUUGUUGCUCUUAGUCUGAUAAAUAUAAAACAAAAUUACUAAGAUGA